AUGGCGGUGCCCGGCGCGUUGCUGGGCUGGUGCGUGCGGCGCCUGCGCGGCGACUUCGGGCUGGACGUGGGCGAGGAGGUCGUGCGCUACAUCCUGUCGAUAACAAACGAGGAUGAGAUCCGUGAGUACGUGGUCGAUCUCCUCCAAGGCACCGAGGGGAAGAAGGGGAGGUUUGUGGAAGAGCUGCUGUCGCGCUGGCAGCAGUCCUCGCAGUCACCUGCUGAGCCCUUACCGGCCUAUCGGAAAAAGGAUGAGACGUCAGAGGCACCUCGGGCUGGAGACCAAGCAAAGAAGGGGAAACGGAAAGGAAGGAAUAAACAGGAAACACCUGCAUACGUGGAGCCCAGCACACAUGUGGAGGAAGUAAAAACCCCCCUCGACCUGGCCAAGGCGCAGGAGAACAGCACUGCAAGCAGCAGCAAUUCCUGUAAGAGAAAGACCAAAUAUGUCAGCCUGUACACCAAAGAAGGGCAAGACAAGCUGGCUGUCCUGAUCCCUGGCCGUCACGCCUGCGAGUGCCUGGGCCAGAAACACAGGCUCAUCAACAACUGCUUGGUCUGCGGGCGCAUUGUGUGUGAGCAGGAAGGCUCUGGACCCUGCUUGUUUUGUGGUUCACUGGUGUGCACUAAGGAAGAGCAGGACAUUCUUCAGCGGGACUCAAACAAGAGCCAGAAGCUGCUGAAGAAGCUCAUGGCAGGUGCUGAAAGUUCAGGGAAUUUGGAUGCAGUAAGCAAAGACCUACUGCCUCGGCAAGAAGCUAGACUGAAAGCAGGCCUGGAGAUGGCCGUGAGACACAAAGACAAGUUGCUGGAGUUUGACAGGACCAGCGUGCGUCGCACCCAGGUCAUUGACGACGAGUCGGAUUAUUUUGCGACGGACUCCAACCAGUGGCUCUCCAAGCAAGAGAGGGAGGCCCUACAGAAGAGAGAGCAGGAGCUGCAGGAGCUGCGCCAUGCCUCCCGCCUUGCCAAAAAAGUCACCAUCGACUUUGCUGGAAGGCAGAUUCUGGAGGAGGACAGUGGGAUGGCUGAGUACCACAGCAAACUGGAUGAAACUAUUGAAGCCAUUAAUUGUGGCACACUGAACAAGCCAGCUGCCAACCCAGAAGCAAAGAUAACUCCGGGUUCUGGUGUGUUAGUGAAUCCCCAUCUUCUUCAGCCUGCUCCUUUGUGGGUGGACCAAACUGGCUUGCUCCCACACAGGGGAGCCACCCCUUCCAUGGGUGCUGGAGAGGAGCUUGGCUCAGAGCGGAACAGACUGCGGAUUCAGGACCGGGAGUUACAGGAGAUCUCAGAUGAUGGUUGGUGCCUCAGCAUGCACCAGCCUUGGGCUUCCUUGCUCGUAAGAGGAAUCAAAAGGGUGGAGGGCAGGACCUGGUACACAUCUCAUAGAGGGCGGCUGUGGAUUGCAGCUACUGCCAAAAGACCUUCUCCUCAGGAGAUCUCUGAACUGGAGACCACCUAUAGAAUGCUGCUUCACAAAGAUGUGGCAUUCCCAAAUGAUUAUCCCUCAGGGUGCCUCCUGGGCUGUGUGGACGUAACUGAUUGUUUAUCACAAGAGCAAUUAAAUGAGCAGUAUCCGGAUUUGAGCCAGGAAUCUGGGUCUCCAUUUGUCUUUAUCUGCACUAAUCCCCAGGAGAUGGUUGUGAAGUUUCCCAUCAAAGGAAAGCCCAAAAUCUGGAAGCUGGAUUCGAAGAUCCAUCAGGGAGCGAAGAAGGGGUUAAUGAAGCAGAAAGCGGCGGCGUGAGCGGGCCCGGCGGAGCGAGCGGGCAGC